ACUCAGGUGCGUCAUUUCCGGUUCUAACAGCCAGAAAUAACUGUGUUCGCCGGCAGGUCCAGGGUCAGCUUAAAAUAUUGAUAUUGCGAGCCACUCGGUCAAUGAGCAUCGUUGUAAAAUGUAUACUGAUCCGAUAUCAGGAAUUUGAAUGCGUUUUUACUUUCAUGAUUCACGUUGUGUAAAAUUCUGCCACCACUUCCGCAUUGAGAUCUUGACAAACUAGCUUAUCAUGGCAGUGGGCCUAAUAUCGUAUCAGACGUUGAGUUGUCGAUUGUUAAACCAUAUGAUUUCGCACCAAAGCGUGAGCACAAUCUGCAACUUUACACGCGCUUUAUCGAGAAGGACGAGCUCUCCGUACACAGAUCUCUCACCACGGACAGUCCACCGUCUGGUAAAUAUAUGCGGGAGUUGGACGUGCUGGACAUCUUUUUACGACUCAAGAUCAUUCUCGUCUCUACCUCCACCGCCCCCUUCUGGUGAUAAAACCAAAAAGACAGGGCCAGUGACUUGGAAAUCAUUAGCAAUAACAUUUGCAUUUGGGGGUGUUCUCCUUGCCGGAAUGAAAUAUUUCAAGAAGGAAAAAGAAGAAUUGAUUGAAAGAGAAAGGACAAAGUCAAUGGGGAAACCAGCACUUGGGGGUCCAUUCUCUCUUGUGGAUCAGAAUAAUAAACCCUGUAAAAGUGAGGAUUUCCUCAGCCAGUGGGUCCUUAUCUACUUUGGGUUUACACACUGCCCUGACAUCUGUCCUGAUGAAAUCGAGAAAAUGAUUGAGGUGGUCGAUGAAAUAGACAGGAUACAGUCUCUUCCAAACCUGACGCCCAUCCUCAUCACCAUUGAUCCUGACAGGGACACACCUGAGGCCAUGGGGACAUAUGUGAAAGAGUUCUCCCCUAAGCUCAUUGGCCUUACUGGGACAAUGGCCCAAAUUGACCAGGUCUCUAGAGCCUACAGAGUCUACUACAGCCAGGGACCAAAGGAUGAAGACAACGACUACAUUGUUGAUCACACAAUCAUCAUGUACCUGGUUGGUCCGGACGGAGAGUUCAAAGAGUAUUUUGGACAGAACAAGAGGAGCGCUGAGAUCUCCUCUUCCAUUGCAUCACACAUGAGGAAGUACAAGAAGGGGAAUUAAGAGGUGAGAUGAAGGAGAACUGGUCAAGUGCACUGUCUGUGUCUGGGAACACCUCUUGUGUGCCUCUCUCACAGCCUUCAGAGACGGUCAGCAGCCUCUGGCCCAGCAGGACUGAACACUGCCAUAUUAUGUCAAUGACAUGGAAUAUUUAUCUGCAUUACAGCUUUUCAUUGAAUUCAGAUGUCUACGACUUACAAUUCCCUUGUUGCGGUUCACCAUUUAAUAUGGUCUCUAAUAUCAUAUUUAAGUCUAAGAUGGUUUAAAGUGAUUGUUUGCAAAUGGGUGUGAACAACACUUAAGUGUUUACUUUUUCUGCUUUGCCCAUUAUUUAAAUCGAUGUGAAAUACAAAUUGUUUCGAUGUAAAAUAUGAGCCAACCAGAAAUACUUGAUUUUAAGUACCUAAAGAAAUGUAACUACCAUAAAAUGGAGGGGGAAAGUAUUCCUUGGAAAUCAAUACUGAAGAACUAAAGGUUUCCAGUGUUUACCCUUGGACACUCCUAAUGGAAAAAACCAUGAAUAGUUGUCGUUGUGCAGUUACAGUUCGGCUUUACUUCCUUUACACCAAUUCUCCUUUUUAACCUUUCUGUUAAGUCUGACCCAAUACCUGGACUCGUCUCAGUGACACCAGAAACAUUUCUGCACUGUAAUAACUCUUUGGUUACUCGAUUUGUACUAUUCAUAAAUCAGUCAUAUUUCAGCUGAAUUUCCAAAGUAAUGUUUAAUUUAUUAAACUUGAACUUACAAUUAUG